CUUUUCCAUGACAACAAGAGUUAGUAUAUUUUCAAACUUUUGAGGUGAUUAUGUGUCCAUCUGGACGAAAUCCCCAUCCACCAAUUACACUAGAAAAUGAUGAUACUUUUACACGUUUGCCAAAAAAGGAGGUAUGUCUGUCAACAGAUCUGACUUUAGUGAAGCACAAAGUAUUCAAUCUUCCACCUCAUUUGGCUCGUUUAGAAGAUCCUUGGAAUAAACUUUGCACACACCAUACUCUUUCUAGUCUAAGACGUACAAUUGAAUAUAACGACCCAGAGGCUCCAAACGAUGACCUAGAUUUCAGGCUUAAAGCAAACUAUGACCAGCAUAUCCAUUGGUGGAAGUCCAACGCUGAGGCUUUGAUACAGCUAGAAACAUUAAAUAAAACAAAGAGGGUGCUUAAAAAUCGACCACCAAAACCUGUAAUUAUACGUCCACCACCAAGUCAACCUUUUACAAUAUGGACAAGUGAUUGUAGAGAACGACUUGAGCAUGUUUCGGAAGCAAUCGAUGCCAAUCAUACACAAGCAACAAAUGGUGGUUAUUCAAGAAAACCAGAUGGCAAUAAAUUUAUAGCUUGAAUAGGCAAUACAGAACAAUUUGAUUAGAUAAAGAUAAAACAUUGAAGAGAUAUUUACACUCCCAAGAAAUACUUCAGUUGAUGAUUUAACAAACUGACACAGAUUUAUUCUUUUUAAGGUACUCUUUAAUUAAAUUUGAUUGUGUCUAUUUUCAAUUAUUAAAUGAAAAGUUUAUUGUUGUGCUUAUUAACAAUUAAGAAUAAAUAAAGAGUAAUUACAAACUUGAGUACAUUGGAAUUCUAUUACAGUAUAACAUUUCAACAUUGAUAAUUCACAUGUUAAUAUGAGAUGAAGAUGACAGAAUUUUUAAUUCAAAGAAAAGUUCAGUGAGAUUAUCCUUGCUUUGAGAAAAAACUGACAUAUAUGUUAUUAUCUAGAGCUUAGAUUCUUGAUAUACCGCUUACAACUUGAGCACCCGGACGUUGGAACCUUCCAAGUCGCAAAAUGAGAAGACAGGAGAUGAGUGAGAAGGAAUGUUAUUCCAAAACAGCGUUAAAUAUGGUAAAACGCUCUCAGGUAUUUAGAGGUUUUAGUAAAAGUGAAAUCUUCAUUAUAGCACUUGUCUAAUAGGAGGCUAGAUGCCGAGAUUCUGCAAUGUUCUUCCAAGGAGUGAUUGAAUGGAAUAUCUUCCGAUCUUUCUGAGCUUCUUGAAGCUUUCUCGGGUUCAUCCGUGGGCUGUUCUCAUAAUAUAACAACAUAAAUAAUAUGAAAUAUCCUUAGAAAAUUAUUGUGGAUUAUCUGAAUGAAAAACGCAAACAUUAUAAAAGCUAAGGGGAAUAGAGCAUUCUUAAAAAGUUGUUAUAAAUGGGAAUCAAUUAACAAAGAACAGAGAAAACUAAUGAAGGAGAAAAUAAUGUCAAAAUGAGGGUUUGUAGAAAUUGUAGUAAUUUAAUGGUUGAAUUCAUCAGUCGAUUUAAGCUAGACCAUUUUGAAAAACUGGAAAGUACUAGACAGCCGUUUCAUUCUAGUAUGGGACUGGUGAGGAGUCUCAUACUAGAAAAGAAUGUGUUUAAUACUAACCUAUAAUUUAAGUCCUCCUAAUCAUUGUUAUCUUCAUAUUCUUACUCUAAAGCACCAUUCAUUAAAAUUGUAGGCAGGGGACAUUUAUUGAUCUUUUCGAUGUAUAGUUUCUUGUAAAAUCCGUUUUCCUUUAGAAAUCCUCUCAUAAAAUUCAAAGCAUACACAAAAAUCAUAUUAAGUGAACAUUAGAAAAACAAUCGAUCUAUUAGUUGACUUUAUUCCGUUAGUCACCCAUCACUAACUUAAAGUGGUAUGUCCGGAAACCCUAUAAUUUGUAAGUUAAAAUAUUGUGUUAAUAAAGUCAGAAGGGGUUUUGUGGAGAUUUCAGUAUUUUUAUAGUUUAAAUCAUGAGUCAAUUGAAGCUA